AUGUCUGCUAAUCACGGCCGACUCCUGAUCAGGCUGAUCUUCUCCAGCCCUACACCAACGACACCACACCUCUUCCCGUCUCGGCUCGGGUUUGCUGGUGCGAGAGGGUUCGGAGGGGUCCUACUAGACAUCGAGAUUCGAAUCGGACUCAGUGACCGGUACAUUGCCGGCGGGCAUUGCGAUCUAGACGGUAGCGCUACUCUCGCUCCUGAAGAAGCUAUUGGUGUUAGUGCAGUAGUUCAUCGCCUGAAGAAGUGUUGGAAUGGCCAAGGCGGAAGUCCAGACCCGCAUUUUGCUAAGCCAGAAGCGUUGUCGGCGUCGUAUAUUGUGGGUGCUUUUGGUGCGUAUAUAUGGGAUGAUGAGAAGGCGGUGUCACAGCCACAUGUUGGCCGGCUCUAUUCGUACACAAGGAUAUCAAUCGUGGAGAAAGAGCGUCUUGAUGGGUUGGGUGCCGUGACCUAG